CCAGAUCCUCCAUGAUAAAUUUCGAGCCAUCGUCUCUACAUCCGGAGAAUUUGUUUGGCUGAAACAAAUCCCUAAUGGCCUUUUGGUUGAGGUUUCGUUCUAAGCUUUUGUGACCGUGCAUUAACCUCAAUUUUAGGUGAAAAUCCCUACUCUCCCUCUCUCGCCAAUUAAGUCCGGUUCAUGCAAUGGCAAACUCGAAAAUAUAUUUCAUGGUGAUGGGCCAUCUCCAACGAAUCCCAACCGUUUCUCUUUUCUCUCCGUACGUUCCCGGUUCAAUACCGUUAAAGUUGAAACCAAGAAAUCACAAACCUUCCUCCCUCCCACACAAUGCUAAGCAAAUCUUAGAUUCCCUCUCGGCAUCGCUGCCCACAGACACCUUUUCUUUUUCCUUAACUUUCUCGAGAUUUUACGAUGAAUGUGUUACAUCGUCGGCGUAUGGAGUAGAUAGAUGACUUGUCGCUUUUCACUGUCUGGAAUAGUAUUGUUCUUGAAGCUCAUAAGUUCUAAGGGCUAGUUUGUUGUUUGAAAAUGGCCGGAGGCGGAGGCGGAGGCGGAGGCGGAGGCGGAGGCGGAGGUAUCACUCCUGCAAGGGAGCUCGAUCAGACGCCCACUUGGGCCGUCGCAGUAGUUUGCGCAGUUAUCAUUUUGAUUUCAAUAAUUUUGGAGAAAGUUCUUCAUAUGGUUGGAGAGUGGUUUCAAGAAAGAAAAAAGAAAGCUUUGUUUGAAGCUCUCGAGAAAAUAAAAGGCGAGCUUAUGGUUUUAGGAUUUAUAUCUUUACUCUUGACAUUCGGGCAAAGCUUCAUUUCUAGCAUGUGUAUUCCCAUGAAGUUUGCAGAUACAAUGUUACCGUGCCCCCUAAGAGGAGGGGGUGACCAUCAGAAACCAAAACCUGAGCCUGAAAUGGGAGAAGGGGAACAUCGUCGCAGGCUUCUAUGGCAUGAGCGUAGACAUCUAGCUGGUGGGGCAGGUCCAGUUUGCAAGCUGGGGCACGUGCCACUUAUAUCUGUGAAUGGUUUACAUCAGUUACACAUCUUCAUAUUCUUUUUAGCAGCCUUCCAUGUGAUAUACAGUGCCAUAACAAUGCUGCUGGGAAGAUUAAAGAUUCGUGGGUGGAAGGACUGGGAACGGGAGAGUACUAAUGACCCUGAAUUCAUGAAUGAUCCUACAAGAUUCAGGCUUACUCAUGAGACAUCAUUCGUAAAGGAUCAUACUAGUUUCUGGACUAAAUCACCGUUCUCCUUCUACUUUGUCUGCUUCUUUCGACAAUUCUUCAGGUCUGUUCGUAGGGCUGACUACUUGACUUUGCGACAUGGAUUUAUUACUGUUCAUUUGGCACCUGGAAGUAAGUUUGACUUUCAAAAAUAUAUAAAAAGGUCAUUAGAAGAUGACUUUAAGGUAGUCGUGGGAAUCAGUCCACUAUUAUGGGCUUCCAUGGUGUUCUUUAUGCUAGUUAAUGUUAAUGGAUCGUAUGCUAUGGUUUGGGUGUCAAUACUUCCUCUAGUUAUGGUAUUAUCAGUUGGGACAAAGCUUCAAGCUAUAAUAACAGAAAUGGCUCUUGAAAUCAUAGAAAGGCAUGCUGUAGUCCAAGGAAUACCGCUUGUACAAGUUUCUGACAAGCAUUUUUGGUUCGGUUGGCCUCAAUUAAUUCUUUAUCUCAUCCAUUUUGUCUUGUUCCAGAAUGCAUUCGAGAUAACAUAUUUCCUUUGGAUAUGGUACGAGUUUGGCUUGAGAUCUUGUUUUCAUGAGGAUUUCAAUCUUAUUAUUCUAAGAGUUGUCCUUGGGGUGGGAGUCCAAUUUAUGUGCAGCUACAUCACUCUUCCUCUGUAUGCCCUUGUUACUCAGAUGGGAUCAACCAUGAAGAGGUCAAUUUUUGAUGAACAAACUUCCAAGGCCCUAAAGCAGUGGCAUAAAAAAGCUGUAAAGAAGAAGAAUGACGGGAAAGGAUCAUCUCCACCUCAGACUUUGGGUGGAACCCCUCGUGACUCGCCUUUGCCCUCCCCACAUGAUCAUGCGCAUCCUGGCAACCAAUUUUCUGAUGUGGAGGCAGACGGGCCUUCUUCUAAGAAAACAGCAGACAUCAUGGCAAGCGUGGACCUUUCUAGGGAACAGAAAUCCACCAAUAAUGAUGGCUUCGGUGACCUAUUAAGUGGACCAUGAUCGGAUGUUAGUGAUUGUGAUGGUCAAUGUGAUGAGAAAAAUGUGAGAAAAAUAUUGACUGUAUGUUUAUGGCAUGCUAUGGGGCCUUUACUGGAACGAAACAAUAGGCGGCGGCAAAUGUUCUGCAACACCAGGGCCAGAGGGCCAUAUUGGCAUGACUGAUUUAAAUUUAACAUAGCUCAAAUGUAGACAAAACUUCAUGCUUCCUACUGUGUAGAAUUCUUCUUCUUUCUCAACCUUCUGUAUACAUGUAGACUAAUAGCCUUGCUGGAUUAAUGUCACACCCUAGAAGUGUCAAUUCUGCCAUGUUUGAUGGGUAAUAACCACUCGCAAUGAAAUGCUCAUAAUUUCAUAC